ACUUCAAUUAAUUACUUUUAAUAUUGGGCGUACAAUAUUGUACAUGUUAACAACGAAUAAAUGCAUACGAUAUUGUAACUGUCCACCCGCAACCCGCCGAGCGAGUUUCGUUGGUUCUUUGUUUUCCAGCUUUCAAAAUCAACAAGAAUUAGUAAAAAAAAUAAAAGCACAACUACACCGACUCCAACAACAACAAACAAAAGCAAGAACAAUCAAAACAGGAGGAAAAUAAAGCAAAAUGGCUGCACGAGAGAACCUCUCGAUGUCAUCGGCCUCUGGGCACAACAACAACAGCCCCAAUGCACUGUACAAUCUGACAUUGAUUGCCAUUGUCAACGGCCUGGACUGCAAAGUGACCACACUGGAACGCAUCAGCAAGCUGCCGGAGUUGCCCCUCAAUCUGCUCAUCGAUGUUUACGAGCUGAUGUCACGUCGAGAGCAGCUGAUGGACACACUCACCGAGGAGCUGGCAAAUCUUGAUGUAUUCCAUCGACUCGUACGCUACAUACCGGCACGAAGCAAGCUGCUGCGGAUCGUUGUCGAUUUGAUGACGAAUAACAAGGCGGUAACGCGUCGCCUCAGCGAUGCAUAUGUUGGCCGCAUUGCCCAGCCCUCAGAGAUCGAAGCACAACCGGACAUUGAACAGGUCGAGGACGAUGCCGAUGGCGUUGCCAAUGGCGAUGGCGAUAAGGAGGCCAAGGACAAGGAGCUGAAUGAUGUUGCCGGCUGCAGCAGUAGCAGCAGCAACCGCAUUAGCAUCAGCAUUAAUUACAUUGACAAUAUGACAAAAACAGCAAACAAUGCUGCUGCUGCGGCCACAGCUGCUGAUGACGGUGGGACGACGGAGCCAGGGCCACUGGCACCGUCGCUGGACUCGUUGAGCACCGAGGAUGCAUUCGCCAUUGAUUUGGGUCUGCGUUUGGGCAGCUUUCUGUCUGAGGCUGGAUGGAUGCAAGAGAGCAUCGCUGUGCUCUUGUGCCUUAAUGAAAGACUGAAGCGUCACCACAAGGAUGCCCUGAUCUUGCGGGUCGAUUGCCUGCAGCGUCUACUCUAUGCGGAGUCAUCACACUGCAAUUUCAAGCUGGCACAGCAAACCUUUGUCGAAAUGGUGCAGCUGACUAGCGAGCUGAAGGAUAUGAAUAUGGUGUCAAAUCCACUGUUCGCGAUGGCCUGUACACAAAUCUCGUCCAUGUAUUUCGCACGCAACGAAUACAACAACAGUCACAUGUGGAGUGUGCAAGCCAUGCACUACCUGGAUAAAUCGGCGUCCCCACGCAUUGCCAUCGAUGUGCUACGCCAAGCGGCCAAGGCCUGUGUGGUCAAACGGGACUUUUGCCGAGCCAAUCUGCUCAUCUGCCAGGCAGUCCGUCGUGCCCACGAGCACUUUGGGGUAAUACAUCAGAAAUAUGGCGAUGCUGUGCUGGAUUAUGGUUUCUUUCUGCUGAAUGUGGACUCGGUAUUCCAAUCCGUUAAGGUGUACAAGGAGGCGUUGGAGGUGCGUCGCGGCAUCUUUGGCAACAUGAACUUCCAUGUGGCGAUCGCCCACGAGGAUCUAUCGUAUGCAUACUAUGUGCAUGAGUAUAGCACCGGUGACUUUAGUUGCGCUCAGGAUCAUGUCGAUAAGGCUGUUAAUAUCAUGAAGAAUCUCGUGCCCAGCAAUCAUUUAAUGCUCGCCUCGGCGAAACGUGUGAAGGCGCUACUGCUAGAAGAGAUAGCACUCGAUAAGAUAGCCGAUGGCAUGGAUGAAGAGGAUCUGCUGCUGCAAUCCGAGCAGCUGCACAUUUUCGCACUCCAACUGUCGCUGGAGGUGUUCGGCGAGAUGAAUGUGCAGACGGCCAAACACUAUGGCAAUCUUGGCCGGCUUUAUCAGACAAUGAAUCGUUUUGAGGAGGCGGAGAGUAUGCAUCAAAAGGCCAUCAAGAUCAAAACCGAUCUACUCGGUCCCCAUGACUAUGAGGUCGGCCUUUCCAUUGGGCAUCUCGCCUCGCUCUACAACUAUCAGAUGAAAAAGUUUCGCCAGGCCGAGGAUCUAUAUCUGCGCAGCAUUGACAUAAGCUUGCAAUUGUUUGGACGCACUUACUCCGGGCUGGAGUAUGAUUAUCUAGGACUGUGUCAUGUAUAUGAGACAUUACAUGAUUUCGAGAAAUAUUUGCGAUAUGCCCACACUCUGGAGAACUGGCAGCAGCUGCGUGUCCUAAAUGCAACAAAUAACAAGUCCAGCUAUCCGCCAAUUGAGGAGGAUUAUUCCAUUGAUCAGGUAAAGGAAGAGUUUUUCAGCAUGAGUGAGAAGCGUGUGCUGGAGCCGCCCGAGUCCAGCAAGAAUUGAGAGAGGAUCCAGCAAGGGAUACAUACCAGCUUUAUUGUGAUGUUGAGCUAAUUGUAUUUCCAUGUGGAUCUUGGUUAUAAUUUCGAUUUAAAGAACAAGAAGAGGAAUAAGAAUAAGAAGAAGAACAAACAAGCAAAAAGGAAAGAAAUAUUCUAAAUUUACUUUUGGUACCGUUUUGUAUUCGAAAACCAACUCAGGCAAACUGUGGAAUAGCCUUGAAAUGUGAGAUGAUACCAUUUAAUUUUGACUCACACAAACAAAACACCUCGUUAAUUGGAUUGUAUACAAUAAUAUUUUGUUCAUCCAACAAUCGUUCAUAAUUUAAUUGUAAAAUACGAAUACACAAUGUGAUUGCUUAACGUAAAUAUUGAUACAUACGUAUAUUGAUAACUGAUAAUCAAUUUGUAUAGUAAAACAAUUGCAGAAGCAAAACUUUGUAGCACAAUUUAAAUUAAUGUUGAAUGCUACGCGUACAUAAUAAUAAAAGGAAUAUGUAUAAAUAGAAUAAACGAAUCAAUAGUUAGGCAUAAUAUAUAGACUUAUCUCCGAUGAUCAUCGGAUCUUUCGAUUAUUAAACUAUGUACAUGUUGUACAUAAGUAGUAUUCUUCCUGAAUUAUCAAAUUAAAACUUAAAAAUUCCCUCCUCACUUUUCCCCCGUCCCCUAUAUUGUGGUGUAAAAACUAGACAUAUAUAUAUGUAGUGCGUCUUGUAAGCCAACUGGAAUAAUUGUUCUCUCGAUUUCCAGUUGAUAUUUCUUAAUCUAAAUCUGUAGUGUCCGAAAUAGGAGUAAGAUUCCACCCAACUGAUUCGUCAAACCGUGUGUGUAACAUGUCCUAUGCACAAGCGAUACUACAUACAUAAGCACAGUCUAUAAAAUACAAUUAAUAUCCCUGCAUUAG